AUGUGGCCUCCAAUGCUACAUACCCUGGGCUACGCCGCUUGGGGCUGCUUCCUUGUCGGUACCGCCAUAUCUGUCUGGAAGACGCUUUCCCAGCUGCCAGGUCGAGACGCAGAACCGAAUUGUUUGAUUCACGGAGACCCCGAUAUGUAUGGCCUUGGAGUCCGGCUAGGCUUAUAUAUGCAACUCCUCACAACGACGACGAUAGACGUGUUUGCCAAACCCGAGGAUGCUGCAGACCUCGCUCCAACCAAUCUCUGGUACCUGCUUGCUGUCUUCCUCGCCAUCCAAUCCCGGGGAUUUCUCCUACCUGGCGCUAAUCCGGUGAACACAUUCAUCAUCAUUUCGCUUGGCAAUGGGAUCACACUAACCGUCCUGACGGGCACCCUUCGCCUUAAUCCCAAGGGGAUAAAAGAGAGCUGUCUUGCUGCAACUAGCCGCUUCAUCAUCUGGGCUCUGUGGAAAACAUCCAGUGUGCGCUUCUGGUGGAUAGCUUUGAAUCAUGGCCACAGCUCCAAUUGCCCAGAAUUUGGAUGGUUUUUCUCACCUGUCCACCUACAUGGCUGGUUCAAGGUAUUCCACCAGGCACUUAACACAGCCGAGUGGGUUCUUUGGCUUGUGUUCUUCUUCCCUUAUUUAGUUGGGCUAUUCUUCAUUACUAUCACCAUUGCAAAACUUCGAAAUCCACCUGCAAACAGGAGCCGAAUUCUGUGGAGCCUUUUCUUCACUCCGGUGGAAGAAGUGCAUCGAAUUAUCUUUGGAAAUGUUAAAGUACGUUGCUUCUUGAGAAUUCAUUUGUUGAUAACUGUUACCAACAAAGUUGCGCACCCAGGACAGAAUAAACCACGGCCACGGAGGCCUUCCCGUGGUACAACAAUCUGCCUCGAAACAGACACUUCUAUCUUGGUGGUCACUGUGCUCACAACAGAGCUUUCCGUUCAGAUUAAUGGCGUCCAGGCUGUGAAUAAAGUUGACUCAUCUGGGCAACUGAUUGCUUUCACUGUUGGAGUCGGAAGUUUUGUAAAUGCUGUUUUGAAGAUCUGGUCCCCUCGAAAACAUUUCCGACCCUGA